AUGACAGCCAAAGUCAUCUUGGAUCUCCCAGAUGAGCUCUUGAGCCAUGUGCUUACACUAUCAGUGGGCCCCUUGCGAGGGUAUCGCCUGCGCCACGAUGGUCGGCGAGGCCGCUUGGUGCCUUUGGCCAGUCUCGCAAGAGUCUGUCGUCGCUUCAAUCGACUCGCAACACCCUUGUUAUACGAAGGGAUCUUCGUUUCACAUGUAUACCAGUGCUCCCGACGACCCGUAGAGGAGCAUACCGCCUCAAGAGAAUGGCAGGUUAUGAAAGCGAAUCCAUCGACAAGACAAUUCUGUCGACGGCUGGAAAUCGACGCAGCCAGGAGUGACCAAUGUGACAAACACACGUCGGAAGCCCGAGAUCUCAUCAAGUGGCUCACCAAUACAACAACGCUCAAAUUACACUCAUGGCCGGCUACCUACCGAGAUACCGGGUCACUUGCUCGCCUGGCCCUGACUUCUAUGCCGCGACUAAGGUCUCUGACUCUGACGGGCUGGAAGGGAUCCACACUGCGUCCCCCUGUUGUCCGGGAAGCCUUGGCUGGGUUUGGGUACUCGCUCGCCCUGCGGUCUCUGCAUUUACAGCACAUCGGCGAGCAUGAAGGCACUCUCGAACAGUGGGCUGAAUUGACCCCACACGCUCUUUCUGUGACCAAAUUGACAGUUUUUGAGUUUCUUCAAACCUCCAAAGUACUCUCCCAUCUCAUUCAGUGGGUUAAGCGCCUCGAGCACUUGGAGAUUCACUACCUUUUCUCGGCCGACUACGCGGGGAAUGAGACCUACAUCGGUUGGAGCCUCGGAAAAUUGCAGCCCAUGUUGGAACUUCAGCGAGACUCUCUGACCUGCAUCAGUAUCUCUCACAUCUGCGUUGAAGGCCUUGCGGGCUUCGAUGUGACGAGCUUCCCUAAUCUUCGAUUUCUAAGCCUCUGCUAUCGAGCCACUGGCCUCGAUAUUCAUCUGGUAUCUCGACUUGCCGCCCCUCGGCUCAAUAGGUUCCGGUGGGAUCUGACCCUACAAGACCAACAAUGCUCUGAGCAGCUCGGUCAUCUCGACGAACCACAAGAGAAAUUCCUCCGAGCCGUUGCACAGACCCUGCUCGUGGAGCUCAAGGUGCCGCUGAGAGAGAUUUUGGUCCAGUUUAGACCAGAAUACGACCAUUGGCUUUUUGGAGCGCCUUGGGCACCGGAGGUCCUGCCCUGGGAUCGACUUGAUUCCAUUCAAAGGGACUAUAGCGAGCACGGGCUAGCCGUCAUUUGCAGCCCACCCGGACCGACCGAGGAAGAAAGAUUCGACGAAUCAAAGCUGGAGUAUGGAGGUACAGAAGAGUAUGACCUGCCGGACUUUGAAUACGAUGAUCUAGCAAAGGACAAGUAG